GUGCAGCGCCUAGCACAAUGGGCCUUGAACUUGCUUCCAGUUUCUAGGACACAUCUCGAUAAUAAUGUGUCUUAUCCACACGAGCCAUUAACUGAUGACCACUAGGCAGGUGCCACAUUUAUGAGGACUACGGAGAGAACGGUCCCUGCAGAAGUCAAAUCUGUGUCACUCCCUUUGGGUCUUCGGCCUGUUCCUAGCUGAUUUCCAGGAGGGAAGAUGAAGAAUUUGCUUCUCUCUCUCCUUCUCUUUGCUAUUGCAGCAUGUGUCCGUUCCCAGGUUACACUGCUGCAGACCGGAGCAGCCCAGGUGAAGCCCUCGCAGACCCUGAGACUGACCUGCUCCGUGUCUGGAUUCUCUCUCACGUCUAACGGGCAAAGAGUGAGCUGGAUUCGACAGCCCCCGGGGAAAGGUCUGGAGUGGUUGUGCCUUGUGUAUUGGGAUGAUGACAAACGCUACCAUGAGUCCCUCAAAAACCGACUGACCAUCUCGAGGGACACCUCUAAAAGCGAGGUGUAUUUGGAAAUGAGAGGCAUGGAAGCCGGAGACAGCGGCACCUAUUACUGCGCCAGGAGCUACACAGCGCUGGUGGAGUCCGGAGGGGAUGUGAAAAAGCCCGGAGACUCUCUCCGCCUCUCCUGCAAAGCCUCCGGGUUCACCUUCAGCAGCGCCUACAUGAGCUGGGUCCGACAGGCUCCUGGCAAAGGGCUAGAAUGGGUCGCUUAUAUAAGCGACGAUGGGGAUGAUAUAAGCUACCUUGAUUCCGUCAAAGGCAGAUUCACCAUCUCCAGGGAUAAUCCCAAGAGUGAGCUGUAUCUGCAAAUGACCGGCCUGAAGCCCGAGGACACCGCCCGCUAUUACUGUGCGAGAGACACAGCGAGGGGAAGCCGGGCUGAGCUCAGACAAGAACCUCUCCCUGCAGUGAUCAGAGAAGCGGUUUGGUGUUGGGGGCGCCCCAGGCCUGUGAGUGACAAUGAGAUCAGUUCUGGGAAAGGGCCGAGCAGCAGCAAACCCUUUUAUUGUUAUUAUUGUUCCUCUGCUUUGCUUUUACACAAGGUGAAGGAAUUUAUACAAGUUCCCGCAAAGCGCAGAACAUUCUUAGUUGGGUCCCUGCCUCUUUCUUUCCUCUCCAGGGGACAAAUUCUGAGCCCACCCCCAACCUCCCCAUGCAGCUAUCUCAUGGACUGGAUCCGUCUGGCCCCUGGGAGGGGGCUGGAGUGGCUGGCCAGAGCUGCUGCCCAGGGGAGCGCCUACUACGCUGAUUCCGUGAAAGGGCGAUUCACCAUCUCCAGAGACAACGCCAACAGCCUGGUGCAUUUGCAAAUCAGCGGCCUGAGAGCGGAGGACACCGCGCGGUAUUACUGUGUCAGAGACACACAGCCAGCGACCUCGGACAAAAACCCAGCGCUGUCUGAGCCACGCUCUGGCGCUGGCUGGUUGGGGCGCUCAGGGUUUGCAAAGCUGGGGAAAGACUCAGACAACAUUUAA